AAAGAAAGAAAGAAAAAAGGCAUAAAGCAUGUGAUGUUGAUACUCUAAUGUAAUGAUCAGAGAGGCACAUGCCAUAUCUAUCCAACAUUACCACAAUCCUUUCCUCCAUUCUUUUUAACCUUUUUCAUUCGAUAUUUUUGCUUUAAUUUUCUUCCUGAAUAACCCCACAGCCUGUGGUCCAGCAUGCCCUUAUCUUAUCACAUUUCAUUCAUUCAAUCCCCUAUCUAUUUCACAAACUUGGUCACAUCAAGCUUUAAUCUCAGUUCUUUUUUAAUUGUUUUCAAAUCACUGAAGCAAUUUGAAAGGAUCUCUAUCUCUAUCUCACUUACACUUCCCAAAUCGCACUACAAAGAUUCCAAUGACAACCCAAUCUAAUGACCAACUAACUUGCUAAGUCUCCUUUUUCCCCAUCUUAAUAAGCAUAAUAGGUAGCUAGGUAGACCCAACAGCCCAAUACCAAUAGUUAAGUUUUAGCUUUCUUUCUUUAUAUGUAUCCCCCAUACUCUUAGCUGUAAUACCCCAUCACCAUUCUCCAUUCUUCAUUCUCCCCUUCUCUUAAUAAGUUCUCAAUUGCUUAUUAACAAUAAUAAUAUGCGAUAAUGCCAUCGGUGCAUUCAAGCCCAUGUUACCCAAUGGAAAACCCAGCACUAGCAUCCCUUCUCCGCCACACGACGGGCGCGGCGGAGAAGCGGAACAAAUUCUCCACCGGGGGGCUCUUAAAGAUGUUCAAGCUCUUCCCGAUGCUGACGUCAGGUUGCAAAAUGGUGGCACUGUUGGGAAGACCCCGUAAGCCUAUGCUAAAGGACAGCGCAACAACGGGGACAAUUUUCGGUUACCGGAAAGGGAGGGUGAGCCUUGCAAUACAAGAGGACACGCGGCAAAUGCCCAUGUUCUUGAUCGAGCUUCCCAUGCUCACGAGCGCUCUCAACAAGGAGAUGGCUUCGGACAUAGUUCGCAUCGCGCUGGAGAGCGAGACCAAGACCAACAAGAAGAAGCUUCUGGAAGAGUUUGUGUGGGCGGUGUACUGCAAUGGAAGGAAAGUAGGGUACUCUAUCAGGAGGAAGCAGCUCAGCGAUGAUGAGUUGCAUGUUAUGCAGCAUCUUCGAGGAGUUUCCAUGGGUGCAGGGGUGCUUCCUUCCUCUAAUAACAAUGACAAGGAUAAUAGUUUGGAUGGUGAAAUGACUUAUAUGAGAGCCCGCUUUGAGAGAGUCGUUGGUUCUAAGGAUUCUGAAGCUUUGUAUAUGAUUAAUCCAGAUGGUGCUCAAGGACCUGAGUUUAGUAUCUUCUUUGUUAGAGCUCACUAAUCAUACUUAUUAUUAUUAAUUAAUUUCCUUAUAAUAUAAUAAUAACUUGUAUGUAUGUAUCAAUUUCCCUACUCUAUAUAUGUUACUUCUUAUUGCUUUCACUAUGCACUCCCUGUCUUCCUCUGCGAAUUAUUUCGUCUCCUUUCACUAUAUGUAUUUUUGUGUAUGUUUUGUUA